AUGAAUGUUGUAAGAUCAGCAGGUGGAGGCGGAGGUGAUAGUGGUAACAGUUACAAAUUUGAAAAUGAAAAUCCCGCAUCGAUAAAUCCAGUACGAAAACCAACUUGUUCAAUGGCAGAUCUUCUUCGUAAAACGAGUUUUACAAAAGAUGAAAUUCGACAUCUAUAUCGAUCGUUCAAACAAGAUUGUCCAUCGGGUGAAGUUAGCAAAGCUCAUUUUUCAUCAAUAUUCUCUACAUUAUUUCCCGGUGGCGAAUGUUUUCGUUAUGCAACAUUUCUUUUUCGAAAUAUUGAUCGGUCCAAUAGUGGUUUUAUUCGAUUUGAAGAUCUGAUCGCAACAUUAUCCAUACUUAUUCAUGGUUCUGUUGAAGCUCGUCUUGGUUGGAUAUUUGACUUAUAUGAUUUAAAUAAAGAUGGAAUGCUGACAAGAACGGAAUUAAGUCAAAUAGUUGCAUCGAUUUUUCAACUAAUGGUACCGGUUGGUAAAGUUAAUUUUGCAUCUGUUGCCAGUGCUAUUGAAGAGCGUACAGAUAAAUUAUUUCAAAGUUGGGAUAAAAAUGGCAAUGGUCUUGUGUAUAAAGAAGAUUUUCUGCAAUAUUGUUUGCAGGAUGAUACAAUUCAACGUUCAAUCGCUAUGCUUAAAACAGACAUAUCCUUGUAA